GCCUCUGUUCUUCAGCCCAUUUUAUGCAAAAUCUCGUAUUUUGAGCAGACUCGACGCUUACAAUCAACAGCUUGAAGGAGAGAAUUUCGGUCAGGUCUGUCGUUCCCUUUUUCUCAUGAAUCCAACUCACUGCAUUCGCUGAAAAAAACCCAAUCUUUUGAUAGUAACAAUAAAUAAAAGUAGGAGAAGCUGCCUCCUCCAUGGCUUCAGCUCCUUCCAAGCUCUAUGCAGAUGAUGUUAGCCUUGUGGUAGUUUUGCUGGACACUAACCCAUUUUUCUGGAGCUCCUCCUCACUCUCUUUCUCUCAGUUUCUCUCCCAUGUUCUUGCGUUUUUGAAUGCGAUAUUGACUCUGAAUCAGCUAAACCAAGUCGUGGUUAUUGCUACUGGAUAUAAUUCCUGUGACUAUGUCUUUGAUUCGUCUUCAGAUUUGAACCGGAGUUUUGAGAACGGGAGAAUGCCUGUUAUGUGCUCCAGUUUGUUGCAGAAGUUGGAGGAAUUUCUUAUUAAAGAUGAGCAGUUGAGCAAGGAGGAACCUGAAGGAAAGAUUAAGUCUUCCCUUUUCUCGGGGUCAUUGUCAAUGGCUCUUUGUUAUAUACAGAGAGUGUUUCGUUCAGGAGCCCUCUAUCCACAUCCUCGAAUCUUAUGCUUGCAGGGAUCACCAGAUGGACCUGAACAAUAUGUUGCAAUCAUGAACGCGAUAUUCUCUGCCCAACGCUCUUCGGUUCCUAUAGAUUCUUGUUACCUAGGUUCUCAAAAUUCAGCCUUCCUGCAGCAGGCUUCUUACAUAACUGGUGGUGUACAUCAUAAACCGCAAAAUUUGGAUGGGCUGUUUCAGUAUCUCAUGACUAUUUUUGCUACUGACUUGCAUUCUCGCAGUUUCAUACAUCUUCCAAAGCCUGUUGGUGUUGAUUUUCGCGCCUCAUGUUUUUGCCAUAAAAACACUAUUGACAUGGGCUACAUAUGUUCUGUAUGUUUGUCAAUUUUCUGCAAGCAUCACAAGAAAUGUUCCACCUGCGGGUCUGUAUUUGGUCAAGCUCAAUCUGAGGUGGCUUCAGCAUCUGACAAAAAGAGAAAGACUCCUGAGACAUAAAGUUAAUUAAGGAGGUGACAAAUGUGUGAUUGCAGGCCGGAGAUUCUGCAUCUCUGACCAUGGAUUCCUCCGUAAACCUUCAGAAGAGUUUGAUAGAUUGGAGAUGAGAUUUUGAUACUUACAAAGGACAUGCCUUCAUUUUAUUAUUUCUCUGUUCAUCCACCAAACUGUUAGCACAAAGUAUACUUUGUUAUUUUUAGAAACAUUCAGUGGUGUUGAAACAGUUUUAGGAACCGAGAGAGAAGAAAAAGAAAUGGUGAAUGUAGCUUUCAUUAUGGGUCUUCCUACAACUUUGUUUUACAAAUGUUGUUGUGGAAAACUAUACCUGGAAAGUUUUUGGAAAUGCUCAAGAUGGAGCAAGCAAGCUUGUGAAGUAGCGAUUGAUCCUAAGCUUUUCAAAAAGGGUCACUUUUUCUCUGUCAUAGGCUUGGAAGUAUUAGGGAUUGGAUAGUGGAUACAAUUCAAGGUUUGGUGCCA